AUGGCCGAUCACGAAAACGGCGAAGUAAAGCCGCUAGAGACGCCGGAAUCCUCGCAACCAUUGUCGAUUCCUCCACAAUCACACGGACCGCAACAGCAACAAAUGAACCUGGCGCCACCCCCGCCGCAUCAGCAGCAUCAGCAGCAACAGCAACAGCGCGAUGACGUGUGCCGUGAUUAUCUGAAAAACAUCUGCAACCGCGGUUCGCGCUGUAAAUUUUACCAUCCGUCCGAGGCGCCGCCUGCCAGCGAGCAAGAUUACAAUUUCUGCAUUGACUAUCAGGUGCGUAGGAAUCACUUUUCUCACUACUUUUUGCUGGUGAAAAUGCGUUGAAUUUCGAACGUUUCCCCUGCUUUUUUCACCACCGAAAAGCGCUUGGGCUCCCCACCCCUAAAGACGCUCUAAAUUUUACUGCAAAUUUGUCUGAACCCCCAACUUUUAGAAUCGAGGCUGCAUGCGCGACAACUGCCGGUUCGUUCACGCGCCACGCGACGAAGUGGAGAGAUACAAGAACACGCGCGAGUUGACGCUUAUCUUGGCGCGAGCCAUCGCCGCUGUCGGGCACGGCGACACUAUCGGCGGCAUUCCGAUUUGCAAAGAGUUUCAAACGGGGCGCUGCGCCCGCGGCGUCAAUCGUUGCCGUUAUUGGCACGUAAACGUGGAUCUGGAGAGAGAUCGCCGUGGACGUGGACUUCCGCCGACUAAUGAAUUCGCGCCGGGCGCCGGAGGAUCUGGCGGCGGCGGCGGCGGCGGCGGUGGUGGUCCAGGCGGCAGAUUCCCGCCACCACAGUUCGGACCAGGUGGUGGAGGAGGUCCCGGAGGUAGACGUCGUCCGUUCGACGAUUACGAGCAAGACGUGAAGCGCCCACGCUACGGAAACGACGAUCGGAUGAUGGAGCUGGAGAAGCGGAAUGCCGAACUGCAGAAGGAGGUCGACUCGCUGAGACGAGAACUUCAGCGGGAACACGACCGAUACGAGGAUCUGUACGCGUUGUUCCGUCAGCAGUCGGGAGGCGCCCCUGCUCCGCCGAAAGCAGCAUCGGCCACCGAUUACUACGCGGCGUGGAGCCAGAAGGCGAAUUCUGGAUGGUAG